CGAAGAUGGCGUCCCGAUUUAUUUGUCUCGUAACUGGUGGUGCUUCAGGACUUGGUAGAGCAACAGCUCAAAGAUUAGUUCGAAAUGGAGCGAGAGUUGUCAUUGCUGACCUUUCCUCUAGUGAUGGCGAAAAUGUUGCUAAAGAAUAUGGAGAAAAUUGUACAUUUUCACCAACUGACGUUACAUCUGAAAGUGAUGUUAUUAAUGCUAUAAAAGUGGCAAAUGAAAAAUAUGGUCCUCUGACYGCAGCUGUGAACUGCGCAGGAAUUGGCUGUGCUCAUAAAACACUGUCAAGAACUGGUGAGGCACACCCUUUAGACCAGUUUGAAAAAGUUCUCAAGGUGAACACCAUUGGUAGUUUUAAUGUGAUCCGUCUAGUAGCAGAGCAAAUGGUAAAGAAUGAACCAACAGAGGGUGGAGAAAGAGGAGUUAUUAUCAACACAGCUAGUGUGGCAGCAUUCGAGGGACAAAUGGGACAAGCGGCAUAUUCAGCAUCCAAAGGUGGAAUAGUUGGCAUGACACUACCAAUAGCAAGGGAUUUGGCGCGGCAUGGUAUAAGAGUGAACACUAUUGCACCAGGGUUAUUUUUAACACCACUUCUUCAAGCAUUACCAGAAAAAGUCCAAGUAGCCUUGGCCAAGACCAUUCCUUUCCCAUGUCGUCUUGGAGAUCCAGACGAUUAUGCACAUUUGGUACAGAGUGUCAUGGAGAAUUCAAUGAUAAAUGGUGAAACAAUUAGGAUUGAUGGUGCACUCCGUAUGCAGCCUUGACGUCAUGCACACACCAUCUAGUGCAACAGAUGUCAUAAAAAUAUGGGUUCAAAUAAUGGGGCAGGGAAUUAUGAAAUAUGAACACACAAUUCAGCCAUCCAGAAAGUUUACUUAUCCAGACAGUGCAAGUAUAAUUAGCAAUUAUGCUGAARGUAAUUCUGAACUUGUAAUAAAAUGAGGAUUCUUUCAA